AUGGUGGAAACAAGAAUAAGCAGUGCAAAGAUUGAUCAAUCAAAUGGUCCUACUGCCACCACAGAAUCUCCACCUCAACGUAAGUUGCCGAAGAAUUACCAUUUCGCUUCCACGUCGGAAGAGAUCUUGAAAAAGUAUAGUAAUUACCCUCCAUCACUUUCGUUCCAUAUUUAUCCUACCCAUUACAAGUUCAAUCAAGAAACCAUCCCCUUGGAUUCCCCUAUGAUCAAACAUUUCUUACACCAUGUGUUAAGGGAAGAAAUACCGGUAGAAAUGAGCGAGUUGAUCAAAGACUUUGCUAUCAAGCCUUAUGAUGGAUGUUUGAUACUACAAGUUUAUGAUCAUAGGAAUAUGGUAGAAAUAGCACUGGCCAAAGAUAAAGAGGAAUCCGGUGAUACUGGAAGUGGUGGUAGUAUUAGUGGAAGUACUACCAACACAACUGAUACAACUAAAGGAACCAAUACCACUACCACAACUAAUGGUACAGGUACCACCAAUGGUACUAAUGGAACUACUAACAAUUCAACACUCAAACCCAAAACUUACCGGACCCUUUUAAGACCAACCCAAUUAUCUUUAUACUACGAUCUCCUUUAUCAUACUGAUUCGGCAUUAACUAGAUUCACCGAUCAACUAGCUAUACAGAUGGAAAGUGAGAUUGUUAACUUAACCAACCGAGAAUUAGACUUAUCAGUACCUUUGAAUCCUUAUAAUGACGACCUCCUUACACCAGAACCAUUACAAAAGUCCUGGGAUGAACAAACUCAAGAUUAUAAGAUGUUAUUCACCCAUAGACCAGAAACUCAUAGAGAACCAAGAAAGGUCCAUUCUGAAGAAAUGAUCUUACACAAAUCCUCAGAUUAUGAAGAAAUCAUGUUCCUUUUGUCCAACAAGUAUAAAAGAACUGACGAUAAUGAAAGGAAAUUGGUUGUUAGUGGUUUGGAUGAUAAAGAUUCUAACACUGUUAGUGGACAAUUCAUGAGAUUAAGAUUCAUUGAAGAUAUCAGAAAGAGAAAAGAAGCCCAGAAGUUAUCUAAAGAUGUUACCGUGGCAGCAGCUUCAGGAGUUAAUACUAUAAGUCAAGGACCAAGUCCUGAGAAAUCUAAGACCAUUCAACCACCAGUAAAUGUAAAUAAUCAACCACCUAAUGUUAAUGCCAAUGUCAAUGUUAAUGCCAAUGCUAAUGCUGCAAGAUUAAAUAAUUUGAAGAUGCAAACCUUAAGAGCUCAACAAUUACAACAACAACAAUUAAGACAAAAAAUGCAAGGAGGUGUCAACCAACCUCAAUCACAACCUCAGUCACAACAUCAAUUACCACAACAGCCACCACUUCAACAACAACAACAGCAGCAGCAACAACAAUUACAACAGCAACAACAACAAAACAUGUACAAGAAACAAAAAGUAUCACCUAAUCCUUCAUCAUUCUAUAACCAACAAUCACAACCUAACCAACAAAUGAAUCAAAGACCUCAAAGAAUGCAACAAUUACAACAACAAUUACCCGUACAAAACAAUUUCAACCAACCUAAUUCACCCAGCCAAAAUUCCCCUGUACAAAAUUCUAAUUUACCUACAGCCCAAUCUAUAAGACAAGCAAUGACUCAACAACAACAACAAUUAUUCAAUACAUUAUUAUCACCACAAGACCAACAUGUGUUUAAACAAUUACAACAUAAAGUGUCGGCCUUAGCUAUGAUGGGGAAUACAGGAUUAGCACCCAAUAAAACCCAAUUAACUGCCGAACAACAACAACAAGCAGUUAAUCAAGCUAAGUUAAUUCAAAGUCAAUUGAUACAAAAGUUCCCUAAUUAUUUCCAAAGAUUGAAACAGAUCCAAUUACGUUCCAGACAAAUGUUACAACAACUUCAACUUCAACAGAACCAAGGUCAACAGAACCAAGGUCAAGGUAAUCGGAGUCAACCCAUGAUGAAUAAUAAUAUGAAUAUGAAUAUGAAUAUGAACAGUCAGAACAUGAACAGUCAGAGUAUGGGUGGUCAGAGUAUGGGUGGUAUGAAUAGUCAGAAUAUGAAUAGCCAGAAUAUGAAUAGUCAGAAUAUGAAUAUGAACAUGAACAUGCAAAAUAACAUGGCUUUCAGUCCUAAUAGGAGGUUCAAGAAGUGA